UGACGAGGCUGUUCUAAUUACUAAUAAAGCAAGGAUUGUCAGCAUGAUGGGAAUGAUUGAGAGUAAGUUGUAAUGAAUCAGAUUAAAUCUCAGUGUGGAAUUAUGACUUAUAAUUGCUCCUAUACUAAUGUUUUGAAAUUAAUGUGGUUUGUCUUUAACAGAUGUUUCAACAUACCAUAGAUUGUGUCCUCAGUGCCACAUGGUGUACAGAUACCAGGAGUGGACGGAUGGGCUUCAUAACUUUGACAACCACAUCGUUUUAUCUCUUGAACUCUGCCUUUUUCUGAGAGAAAAUUUACAGAACCAUGUAUCCGUGUCAAGGGUCAUUGACUCAUUGGAGGGCUUAAGAAGGGUGAAGUUUCCUUCUAGGGAUAUCAUAUUUCAUGGUUAUUGCCAUUUUGAGGCUUUGACUGACACAGAUUACAUGUACUCCUGCAUAAACUGUGGAUUUCACCCCCCUGUGGUAGUUAUGGACUUACACAGAAAAGGGGUGUUCAACUUAGCAGUGAGUGACCUCAAAGCCCCCCCUGAAGACUUCAGUGGUGAACAUGACAUUGAAGGUUUUUGGAGCUCUAUUCACCUGGAGAUGAUAAGCCGUGAGUUUUUUCCAAGCAGCGUGAAGAAUCCAUUUUCAGUUCCACCAACUUACACGCACUGGGCACCAUGGAUCGGGAGUGAAACUCGAAAGAGUGACAUUGUGCUUAACACUGAGUUUAAAAAAGUAAGAACAAGCAGUUCACAUGAAGCACAGCUUAGCAGUGUUACAGAGGAGCGUCUGUUUGAUGAACUCACCAAACAAAAGGUUGGAGUGGUGAGAAAAUUGUGCAAAGCCUGCAACAUCGACUCCAAAGGCUCCCGCUUUGAUCUCAUCACCAGACUGAGGGAGAAGAUGAAGAGCAGGCAGACAUAUGAUAAGGUCUUUCAAAGCAUAUGGGGUGCCUCUGGUGGAUGGUCUGUAAUACUAUGUCCGCAUGGCAUUGUAUACAGUAUUAAAUUUAAUCUUCGUGCUGAAAGUCCCAGGGAUUUUGCUGACCUUCUCCUGUCCUGGAAGCACAUACCAAACAUCUGCGUGUAUGAUUUUGCGAGGGGUUUGGUGGCACACACCAACUUGCGGGUUCCAAAUCGAGUGCCAUUUCAUCCACAUGAAGGUCGACUGGCUGAGCCCACUGAGGAAAAUGUCAAGGCUGCACGGGAUGGAAAAUUGCGAGUGAAUCUUCCAUGGCUACAUGAAAGGAUGGACAGUGUAAAUGAAAAUCCUCAUCCUAUCACUGGAUCAUCCGACCAUCAUGUCCUGUAUGACAGAUUUCAUGAGGGAAAUACAAAAGAUCCCAAGGACAUAUUACGUAGAAUUCAACUUGUCCCAGAGCUGAAAGGUUGGCUGAACAGUCAAGUUGUUGAACAGUUCUUUGCAAGCAUGAGGAAAAAUAAUUACUUUUUAAAUAAUAUGAGUCCAUCCACACAUGUGUUUUUGAUGAGAAAUAUAAUUCAUCAUCAUAACACUGUCACCAACAAGAAACUUCUGGAGAGGCAGUUAAGACAUGGUCGACUUGGACAGAUCAAUAUCUCAUUGUCUGCACUGGGUCAAGCUGUCGUAGCCCUACAGUGCAGUAAACCCAGAGAAACCACAGAAACUGUGUUGAACCAAGCACCUUCAAUUUCUGAACCUCUGGUACCAGUUGACGACAAGAAAAGCAAUAGAACGUCAACAGAUGCAACUCUUCCUGACCUGUGUGGACCACCGUGUAAAGCUCUGACAAAGCCUGAGAACAUUUUGGCCAGCCGUUCAUCGUGGUCUUUUGUACUGCACCCUGGUCAACAGCAGCUUCUCAACUAUGUUCUGGACAUCAGCAGACCCAAAGAUGAGCUGAUUGUUGAAACGUCUACUGGAUGUCUCACACGGGCUGAUUUUUGGACACUGGGUUUAAACGAACAAAUGGAAUCUACAGUUGGGAAUGGCUGUUUUGAGCUUAUCACCAAAAUUGUUCAGUCAAAGGGGAUAAGCAUUUACAUUGAAAAUCUUUAUGUCACCCGGACUUGGCUUGCACCCUAUGGCUGUGAUCCAUUGCAGUCCGUUCCUACUGAUGCUCAGUGGAUGGACAUCAUAGUUCUCCCUCUCUGGACACCUGGCCAUUUCCAGUUGUGUGAAUCUUGCAGUGAAGAUCAUUCCAGGGCAGUGGUCAGAAAAAAAUAGCUUUCACUUGAAGGGUUUUUCGAGCCAAGACUUUGGAAUUGACUGUGGGAUCUUCAUGAAAAUGGUUAUUUUUCUGUUAUUCAGUUUUCCUUGAGAUUCAUACAAAAGUUAAAUUAAGCUCCAAAACAAUGUAAUUUUUAUUUUUUGUCCCAAACAGUCUGCUCUCUACGUGGCACUGGAUGCACCAUUUGAUUAUACUAUAUCAGACAUGCCCUACUUGCGGAAAUGGUGGUGCUUGCUGUUGAUGGAGAACUUUGAUCUCAGGAGCUAUGGCAAGCUUUUUGCACACUGGAGAGAGGACACCAAAGUUGUGCUUCAAGGACAACAUGUGCCCAUUUUCAGACUGAAAAAGCGCAAGUUACCGGAAGUCAGUCAGGAGCCAGCAGUUGUUCAAGAUCUGCAUACUGCUGUGCAGUGGGUUGUCCAAAAUAAGGCGCUUUUCCAUGAACACGUAACCAUGCCAAAAUAUCUGUCCUUAAAUAAAGAGGACCAGCAGAGGGUCUUAAGAGAGAUGCUGGAGGAAGAAGACACUGAAGCAAGGGACUUCUUCAUCUUUGUUUUUCAGUGUGCGGAGGACAUGGAGCUCUUUCUACAGGCAUGUGUUGACGAGCAGGGGCUAAAGGUCAAUGCUAUGUUUGAAAAAUAAUGGACGGAGGAAGGCACUGGCUGUUUGUUUUUUUUAAUGUGUUGUUUUUUUCAAUGUAAAUAAAAAAUUACAAUUAAACUUAUUUCAAAAUUU